AUGGGGUUAUUUAUUCCAACUAAUAAAUUACAUAACUUAAAGUUAUACAAAUACCAAUCAGAAGAUCACUCAUUGAUUUCAAAAUACAUUUUAAAGAAAUGGUGGAACUACUUUGUCCAAAUAUUCCCCUUAUCAAUGGCACCCAAUUUGAUCACCUUACUUGGAUUAUUCUUUAUUUUAGCCAACUUAUUUGUUGUAUUUUACUACGACCCCUAUCUAAAUUCAACCCAACCAAGCUGGUGUUACUUUUUUUAUGCAUUUGGUUUGUUCAUGUAUCAAACUUUUGAUGGAUGUGAUGGAUGUCAUGCUAGAAGAACUGGUCAAAGUGGUCCCUUGGGUGAAUUAUUCGAUCAUUCAAUCGAUGCUAUAAAUACUACAUUGGGAUCGAUUGUCUUUGCCAGUGUAAUGAAGAUGGGAUACGGGGGAUUAUUAAUGUUGUCACAAUUUGCAUCGGUGUGUAAUUUUUAUACAUCGACUUGGGAAGAAUAUCAUACCCAUAAGUUAUUUUUAUCGAAAUUUUCUGGUCCUGUUGAGGGGAUAUUGAUGAUUUGUACCGUGUAUGUCAUAACCGGUUUAUUUGGUCCUGAUAUUUGGGAUGUGGAAUUGUUUACUUUGAAUUUAACAUCUUUAGGAUAUGGCAAUUAUCAAAUUAAUAGUUCGAUAAUUUAUGUUGUACUUGGAUUGGGAUCGUUAUAUUUCAACAUUAUUUCAGCUAUGCAAAAUGUUGCUAAGCAUUAUGAAGCUAAAGACGGCGAAGAUUCCAAAAAGUCGAAAUUUGAAAUUGGUGAAGCUUAUAAAGGGUUAUAUCCCUUUUUCAUUUACUAUGGAGUUGUCAUUUUGUAUUGUUGGUUCUAUCCACCGGUCAUUUCGGAAUUUGGAUUACCUUUAAUUUUAUCCAUUGGAUGUACCAUUGCAUUUUCAGUGGGGAGAAUCAUUUUAGCUCAUUUGACAUUGCAAGAAUUCCCAUUUGUACAAGUACCAAUGUUUGUUCCAAUUGGACAAUUAAUCUUGAGUAAAGUUUUGAUUGAUAUUUACGAAUACAGCCCAACAAAAGUCUUGGAUGCCGUUAGUUGGUUAGGAUUUGGUGUUACUUUGGGCAUACAUGGAAUCUUUGUUGCUGAAAUCAUUACUGAAAUUACUCAAUAUUUGGACAUUUAUGCCUUAUCAAUUAAACAUAAAAGAGCGUAA